GAAGCAACUUGAAGAAACUCAAAAGAUUAGGUUCGCAAUUCCAAUCCAAUUACCUCCUCAAUUAUAUAUUCGUGUCAUAUCAGAUAGGUGGAUAGGAGCUGAGGCAUUUCUUUCAGUUUCCUUAAACCAUCUAGUUUUGCCUGAAAAUUAUCAACAACAUACAGAAUUGUUGAGUUUACCUCCAUUACCUGUAACUGCUCUGAAAAAUAAUCACUUGAAGAGAUAUGUGUUAAGAAAUUUACUCAUUUCAACCCUGUAUAGACUCAGGUGGGCAUUUCGUGGACAUCCACGUCCCAAGUUCAAUAAAAAACGACUUGUAGAGUUAACAGGAGAUGUUACCCCUGACUUUCGUUCUACUAAAAAUGCCGAUAUCAUUAGAAGUUAUAUUCAAGCCGUAUCACUUGUGAUUAUUGACGAAAUUCAUUUACUCGGUGGUAAUAGAGAACCUAUACUAGAGGGUGGACUGUUCAAUUUUAGUAAUUUAGUACGUCUUGUUCCAUUAGAGAUUCAUAUCGUAGGAUUUUCUAAAAGACACUAUUGUCCUCGUAUGGCUACUAUGAAUAAACCGACCUUUAUUAAUAUUAUGAGACAUUCUCCUAAAAGCCUAAUGACAGAAGAAGAAUUACAAACCAUUCAAUCUCAAAUCAAGGAUAGUAGAGCUGUUCGUCCACAAUUCGAUGAUAGUGAGUCCAGCUUACAUAUCCAGCUUGAAAUUCAUUUCAAUGCCGAAAUAGUCGCUGGUACUAUAAAGUCUAGGAAAGAGGCCAUGAUAUAUCUUUCUUACCCUUAUUUAUAUCGUAGAUUACAACAAAAUCCAACUUAUUAUGAAUUAAAAGAUGCCUAUUCUAAAACUAUUAAUGAUUAUCUAUCAAAUUUGUUUGAAAAGUCUAUGCAAUAG